AUGGUGUUUCAUGCUUACUGUGUUGUGUUUCUGCUUGUAACAUCCCUAUCCCUUGUCUUAACUUUCAAAAUAUUAAAACCCGGUUAUAAUGUCAAACACAACGUUUAUCAGUACCAUGACGUCAGUAUUGACGGGUCAACAGAUGACAUCAUCACAAGAGAUAGAACCGGAAGUGAGCACGUUGAUAUGGAGUGGGACAUAAUACAGCGGGACAAGGACCAACUGAUUAAUGUAGAUAAUGAUAAAAAUGACGUCAUAACCGAAGAAAUAAAUGACCGAAAAGAUGACAGAAUUCAGGCAGCAGAGGAAUCACCGUCCAUUUCCGCCCUGAAUCUCCAAGUAAUGGCGAUUGUUGACGCUCAGUUGUUCCGGAAGUUCCUCGAGAGAAACCACCGAGACGUACGUCAGACCCACAAUGCCAUCAUCACGUACUUCAGCUCAGUGUUCGCUAUGGUGAACGAAAGAUUCCAAACCAUGAGGAAGUUUGGGCUAGACAUCAAAAUUAAGUUGGCAGCCAUCGUCAUUGAAGAGCGAGAUCAAGAUGUCCCUUGGUUGAGAGGACACGUCCGACGUCCCUCUUACACCAGGGAGGCCAUGAUAGAUGUGGAAUCAGUGUUGCGUGACUUAACAAAAUGGCUGCAGAAUAGCAGCUUACCAAACUACGAUCACGCAGUGGCUUUUACUGGAUAUGCUCUGGUAAAAAACUCAAAGAAAAUUGACGGUUUGGCGUACAUGAAUAAGAUAUGUGACAGACAGGGGCACUCUUCAUCCAUUGUGGGAGAAAAUGGAGACUUCAUGAGUGUGGGGGUGGUGGCUCAUGAAAUAGCACACAGUCUCGGUGCUGUUCAUGAUGAUCAAAGUAGCAAUAGCGGGAAUUGCUCUGCAGAAGAUAACUACAUAAUGGCGCCUCAACAUCAAAUGAACCCAGAGAAAGUUCAAAAUCUUUUCCAUUUCUCGCACUGUUCAAGUAAUAAGAUUCUUCAAAUUAUCAGGUCAAAUCAGCCUCAGUGUCUGUAUGAUGAUAAUCCUGAACUCCCGUAUCCCUAUGACCUUGACAAACGACCUCCAGGUCAGACAUUCAGUCGUGAGAGGCAGUGUAAACUGGUGUUCGGUGAGAAUUCUACACUUUGCUUUGUAAGUACACAAGCAGCCCUUCUCACUCAUGGCUCUGAGAUGUUAAAUUAA